AUGGGGAUUCCCGGGUUAAAAGACGAGCUUGGCUCAGGAGAGCGUAUCUCCUUGGCCAGGUUCUCAAUCGGCCAUCUCCAGCGUACGAGCAGACCAUUACGUCUAGCCGUUGACAUUUCCAUAUGGCUUUUCCAAGUGCAGGCAGCACAAGGAGGAGCAAACCCAGCUCUUAGAACCCUCUUUUUCCGCCUGACGAGACUGAUAUCUCUCCCGAUCCAGCCGAUAUUCGUUUUCGAUGGACCGCACCGACCGGAUUACAAGAGGGGCCGGCUCAUUAGCAAGAAUGCUGCCAGCAGAGAGAUAGAGCUUUCAAGAAAACUCAUUAAGCUCUUUUCAUACCCAUGCCAUACUGCUCCAGGUGAAGCUGAAGCGGAAUGUGCGAAACUACAGCGAACCGGCGUUGUUGAUGCGGUCCUGAGCAAUGACGUUGACGCCCUAAUGUUUGGAUCCAAAGUUACCCUUCUUAAUUUUUCGAAAGGCUCGGCGAAACAGUCCGGUGCGGCUACCCAUGCUGAUUUAUACGACACCGAAGCGAAAGAAGGAGAUAAUAAGGUCUCGUUAGAUAUCGGAGGCAUGGUCCUGGUUGCGCUGCUGAGCGGCGGAGACUAUUCACCUGCAGGAGUAUCUUUCUGUGGCCCCAAAUUGGCGGCAGAGAUUGCCAGAGCUGGCUUUGGCGAAGAUCUUCUUGAAAUAACGCGGGAUAUGCUAACGGGGCCACCAGAUAGUGUGACUGAAGAGGGACUGAGGGAGUGGCGAGAACGACUGCAGUAUGAACUAGAAACCAACGAGAGUGGCUAUUUCAAAACAAAACAUAAGGCGGUCAGGAUUCCAGAUGAUUUUCCAAACAUGGCCAUUUUACAAAACUGCGUUCAUCCUGUCACAUCUACACCCAAGAAGCUUAAUGCGUUUCGCAAUCCGGAUCUCUGGAGCCGGAAAAUCGACGUUGGCCAGCUUCGAGCAUUUGUUGGCGAUUAUCUAGGCUGGAAGAAUCUCAUAGGAGCCAAGAACUUUAUAAGGAAACUUGCUCCCUCCUUACUGAGCUAUGAGCUCUUUUGCCGCUCCCUAGCGCCACCUAGGGACGAGAUAUUGGUGAAGAUAUCCGCCAGCAAAUCAGCCGAUGCAUUUGAUGGCUUGCCUGUGCUGAAACUGGAAUACGUGCCACUGCACGUUGUUGGUUUAAACCUGGAGCUAGAAACUGUUCCCACUACGCCUCAGGAGGACGAAGUUAUCAACCUUGAUUCGUCGGAUACCGACGGUGGCCAAAAGGAAAGCCAAAUCAUUGGCAAGAAGCGAACUUUGGCCGAAUACAAUCCGGCUCUCCCACAGACGAUAUGGGUGUUUGAGGCACUAGCACGUUGCGGUAUCCCGGAGGCCGUGGAUAAGUGGACUUUAGAAUGCAAGGAGAAAGAGGCAGCUAAAAAGCGGCCGGCGAAAAAGCCAACCACGAGGAGAACGAAAGUGAAGGUCCUGGAUCCGGGAAUGAAAUUGGGAUCUAUUCGGCAAUACGGGGUUAUAACCAAAGGGCCUGCUAAACAAACCGACGCUACAUCUUCGUUGGUAAAGAGCGAGAUCCCUUCUUCAAGCGACCAAAGGAGUAGUCGAAAUGAAAAUUCUUCUAUAGGUAGCAGUGGUACCUCCUCUACGGUAGCCCCCGCUAGUUCAUCUAUGAAGAAAACGGACGCUCCUGAUUCCUCUUCUUUUGGGUCCUGGGACUCAGUUUUCAGUGACCCAUUAGACUGCGUGGUGCUAUCAGAGUCUACCAAAGAAGGUAGGACACCACUCCCUAUAUUUCGAACCCUCACGCUCCAAAAUUCUAAUUUACAAGAUUCCAUUGUUAGAUCAGUCGUCGAGGUAGAACUGGCAAUGAGCCGUAUAAAUAUCUCAGAUCAACUCCCCAAAGCAAAUACACAACCCAAAGCCACACGUUCUGUUACUAAGAAACCGAAUGUCUCAUUGCGCCAGAAAUCCGUACCAAUUCCCUCCAGACGCCUAGGUAAACCGAAAGAGUCCGUGAGGGAUAACGGCGCCAUCCCUCCCUCGUCUAUUCCAACCUUUACCUCAUCGGAGUUCCCGUCCCUGACUGAGUUAUCCGCCGAACUAGACAGUAUUGAACAUCAUUAUACCCCUAUUCAUGCUACUAGGACUCCACAGAACAUAGUAGAUCAACGCAAAAUAUUCAUGGAUAAAAGUCGCAUAACCCCAGCACCAACCAUCGCUACGAGCGGUCCCAAUUUCGAAAAGUCCGAACAAGCAGUGGUUAUGGGUAAGGAAUGCAGUACUGACGUUUUGCACGUCAAUAUCAAAGAUGGAUUUUGGAGCUAUGCCGAGGAAAAUAUUGCUGCAGGAUGCCCCUACUCGUCGACCCCAAAGGGGAGCCCAUUUUCUGGUAGCGGAUUUAGCAAAGCAAAAUGUCUUGGGAGAGUGAGUAUUGUUGACCUCACCUGA